AUGUGGCGCUCGGCUACCACUGUGGUCGGCAUGCGCCCUUGCGCUCGUUCCGUCGAGCUCAGAAGCGUGCUGCGAUCCACAUGCCUAACAUCGCACCAGGCGUGCUCGACGCCAACAAACCCGCCCCGCCACUCGGCUUUUAUGGACGGAUCCGCCUCGCGCUUUCUCUCUAGCUUCUCGUCAUCGCGUACUUUUGGCACCUCCAGUGUCAAGCACGACAAGUCCAAGUCGGAUGUACCAACGCUCGCCUCUACGCAGGCGAUCAACAACCGCCCAGAUGGCGGCACAACACCGGCCGACAAGCACACCACGCCACAGCCACCGGCUGCUUCUGGUGCUCCUGGUACUUCUGGUGCUUCUGGCUCCCUAGCUUCGAGGCUCUCGGGACGCGUCAGGGCGCUACUGCAAGCACAGCUCGCCAAGUCGGCGCGCGAUUCCAAAGACGGUGCUUCUGCACCGCCUACCAACUUUCCGGAUCUCCGACGUCUGUUUUCGCUUGCGAUGCCUGAAAGGAAAAACAUUGUGAUUGCUCUGGCGCUCCUGCUGGUUUCUUCGUGCAUCACGCUCACUGUACCGUUCGCGAUCGGCCGGCUGAUCGACUUUUUCACCUCGGGCCAGAACGCGCUGUUCGGUCUCGGGUUCGGCUCAGUGGCUGCGCUGAUGCUUGUGAUCUUUGCCAUCGGUGCGGGUGCCAAAGCAGGGAGCAACAUUCUGCUCGAGCUUUCCGGGGUGCGCGUGAUCCAGGGAAUUCGCCACCAGGCAUAUCGAUCCGCGCUUCGUCAGGAUGUCGAACUGGCGGAUAAAGGUGCAGGCGAUGUAGUGAGUCGGCUGAGCGUGGAUACCAACAUUGUCGGCGAGUCGCUCACCUCGGACAUUGGAGACGGUCUUCGCGCCGGCGCUACCGUGGUGUUUGCCGGUACGGCCAUGUUUAUGAUCUCGUCCAAGUUGACUCUGCUUAUGAUGGCGGUGGUGCCACCGGCUGCAAUCGGCGCUGUCUUUUACGGUCGAUACCUGCGCGAUUUGACGCUCAAGACGCAGAAUGCGGUGGGAGACAUGACUCGGCUCGCAGAAGAACGGCUCUCACCACCGGCGUUUCGAACCCUGACCGCGUUCAAUACGCAACGUCAAGAGUUGCGUCGAUUCGACGAGAAAAUCGGAUCGAUCGUGGAUCUGCAGGUGAAAGAGGCAUACGCAUCCGGCUUGUUCUAUGGCGGUACAGGAUUCGUGGGCAACUGUGCGAUUCUGACCCUGCUCACUUACGGUGGACAUCUGGUGAGUCGAGCCGAGAUCUCAGUAGGUGACCUAACGUCGCUGCUGAUGUAUACGGCGUACUUGGGAGGAGGAAUGGUGAGCCUCACCUCGUUUUUUGCGUCGCUCAUGAAGGGACUCGGUGCAGGCGCUAGGGUGUUUGAUCUCAUUGAUCGCCAAUCCAAUGUGGUGUUGGGGAAGGGCGAGGUGUUGCAAGUGCGCGCUGGUUCGGCUGGUCUACCGGUUCGAUUUGAGGAUGUACACUUUAGCUAUCCGUCGCGUCCUGAACAGCCGAUCCUUCGGGGUGUCACGCUGGAUAUCGAACCGGGACAGUCGUACGCUCUGGUUGGAGGGUCCGGAGCGGGAAAGUCGUCGGUGCACUCACUUUUGCUGCGAUUCUACGAUCCUGUCAAGGGCAAAAUCCUGGUGGCGGGACGAGAUCUUGGGACGUAUCGACCCGAGAGUGUUCGCAAGCACCUGGCGUUUGUGCCGCAAGAGCCGAUUUUGUUUGACGGAACGUUGGAGGACAACAUCAAGUACGGCACCGACUCGGCGACGCGAGAGCAAGUAGAGCAUGCAGCGCGCAUGGCUGGCUGUGAAUCGUUCAUCUCCGAGAUGCCGCGUGGUCUAGAUACGCUGAUUGGCUCGCGUCAGCUGUCUGGAGGACAGCGCCAACGGAUCGCCAUCGCGCGCGCUCUGGUGCGAAAACCGUCGAUCCUUCUACUGGACGAGGCGACUUCGGCUCUCGACUCUGCGUCCGAGCUGAUGGUGAACGAGGCGAUCCAACACAUUAUCCGUCAAGCCGAAAUCACCGUCUGGAUCGUAGCACAUCGUCUGUCGACCAUCAAGAGCGCCAACAACAUCCACGUCCUCGAAAACGGCAGGAUCGUAGAGCACGGCUCGUUCCAGCAGCUCGACCGUCCCGGCUCACGAUUCAGAGCGCUCAUGGCGGCUCAACUGCAAGCUGCGCCGGACCACACGGUCGAUACGCAUCCCUCGACUCGACAGGUACGUGAUUGA